CGAUAACCGUGUCGUCAAGGCUGUCCAAAAGAUGGCUGCCUGGUCGCUUCGUACAGCAAAGUCAUGCAUUUUUUGUACCUAAAGUUUUUGUUUUUCUUUAUAUUUUUCGUUGCACUGUUUGGUUUUACCUUAUAUGUACGAUACCGUGACAAACACUCGGAGCAACUCCAGACGAGAGAUCAUGCCGUAGCAUCAAAUGAAGAUAGCCAGGAUAUCGUCAGAGUAUGUACAGACGGGGAAGUUCCACUGAAUGUUCGAUAUCAGCCGUUGAAUCUGAAAUCUUUAGGAGAUGAUGUAUCUGGAAGCAACUUAGUUAAGAGUGAAGAAGAGUAUAUAAAUGCACUCUUAAACUGGACAAAACCCAAUCAAAAUCUUACUUGCAUCGAAGAGUCUCGCUUUAUGGAGUUCUGGGUUCCGGGUAAAGACGUUGGGGAUAUCUGGAAGUUAUAUGAAGGUGAGGCUGGUGAACUAUCCCACAAUCGCCACACGCCUCCAAUCUAUUCAGGUAUACAGAGAGUAAUUUCUGAUCUUCUCCAAAGUUUCCAUGGUAAUCCUUUCCUGCAGACAAGAUUUGAACCGAGAGGGGGGUAUGCAACAUUACAUGCAACUGCUGGGUCCAUAGUGAACAUUUACAUCAGGUUUCAUGCUGAAUUCCAGUUGAACAAAGAACCGUUGUUACCUUUUUGGUUCACGCCAGCGUAUUUCACAGGGAAUUUAAUUCUAAAUACCCAAACCAAUAAAAUGCUGUACUUCCAUCUCUAUGUUCCAAACACCAAGGAGUUAAAUGUCGAUUUAGAAUGGUAUGGAAGUAACCGGCCUACCGAUAAUUUAAUGGUGGACAUUGGUUACCUUCCUCUAAUGGAGCUAAAAUCACAACCUUUCUAUGGUGAACGCAAUUUCAAAUGGUCACGUGAAACAUCCGUAAAAGAAGCGGAAAGUCAACUGGAAAAGGCAUUCUUUCCCUUCAAACAGGUGGAAUACUUACCCUUUGAAGAAGCAAUCAAGAUGGCAAAGGGGGAAACUAAAUUGAUACACCAUAUCGUAUUAUGGGGAGCACUUGAUGACCAGUCAUGCUGAGGAUCUGGGCGGACUCUACGCGAUGGUCCACUCGCGAGUCCGCCCAUUAUGAAAUUUCUGAAAAAUAAUUUCAUCUCCUCAUGGUCCCUUGUCGCGAGACUGAAGAAGCUUGUACAGUCCACAGAUAGCAUUGUCGCCAAAAUGGCUUCGGAGACACUGGAUGCCUACUCGUUUCCUGUGGAGAUCAUUGUCUAUGAUCAACGACAGAAUAUUGUGCAUUAUGAAAAUCUGAACACUUUAUUUGACGAGGAAGUCCCGGAGAUAUUGGAUUUUGGAGGGUAUGGCGAUAUUUUGUCGUAUCGAUACGCUAAUAUGUUAAGGCGAGCAAUGACAGCAGCGGGUAGGGACGUUACAGAACUUUAAAGAAUGGGAGUGUGGUACAGCGUCGAAGAUGUAAUAUCCAAGGACUGUUUUAAUAUAUGAAUAAAUAAAACGUAAAAGUUGUCACGAUGAGCAAAAACAUGGACCAGUUGCUCCGAGUAACCGAAAUUAGAAUUGCAUUCCUGAAUGAUGCCGUACAUCAAAAGACUAUGAUCGAUGUGCAGUUGAGAUAGGAAAACCCAAUUCCUUUCAGGUUACGAUACACACGACGAGAAUUCCUACAUGAUUUGAUUACUGUGUUGUUUAGUAAACGAACAUACACUAAA